UGCUGUCACUACUACUGCUACUGCUGCUGCUGCUAGUGCUACUUGUUUGCUCCUCUUAUUCCAUCAUUUUCCUUGUUUUGUCGAUAACUUCAAGAAUUUUAAUCUAUUUCAUCCUUUUCUGUGUUGUCCACUGUGCAACUCGUUAUCAAUACAUGAUUUUAGUAUUAUUUCACCUCCCUAUCCCAUCUAGAUUAAUGAUUGCGCCGUGUGUUCGUCAGCAAGCAGAAUACACACUCCAAGAUGGCAUCCGGUGAAGACGAGCCAAUGCGUGAUGUUACGACAUCCGCCGAUACUACUACUACUUCUGAUUCUCCUGCGACUGCCCAUCCACAACCCGCACCCGCAACAAAGCCACGCAGGAAAUUCGCCCCUCAGCUUGUUGAAGAAUCUGUGAAGUCAUCCUCGAGUAAGAAGCAGGCCUCAACACCACCGGAUUCUACGGUCAACUCAACCAGGCGGACUACAAGAGAUGUCUCGGUCCAAGUCAACGACACCGAAAUGCCAGAUGCACCACCUCCACCUCCACCUCCACCGCAGCCGCUUAAGCCCGCGAGACGUUUUGCUCCUGUCCCUAUUGAAACCACUUUCGAUUCGUACAGAGUAAGCAACAACAGAAAGAAUCCCAUAGGCCCCACCGCCGAAUUGACGCCAGACCCCUCACCGACAACCCCACAAUCAUCCUUCUAUUUAGAGGAACAACGAGCUGGCUCAAAACAGCGCGAAAAUUCGCAGAACAAACCGAGGAGGAAGUUUGCACCGCAAUUGAUUGAAACCACGCGAAGGUCAAAGAAGGCCGAUCAACCGGGCCCAGCUACAAAGCCAGUAGACAAAACGGAUAUUACACCGGGUACAAACCACAUCUAUGCCCCGAAACCGAAGCGAAAAGCUGCCCCUCGCCCUGCCGUUGCUGGCGUACCAAACGCCAAUAGCGAGGGCGAGGGUCUUCUAACGCCGCGCCGACAGCAAUCCAUGAAACCACAUCCUAAUACCCGGAGAGGCACACGACAAUCAUAUACUCCCGACCUUGAUACUAUAAUGUCAUCCGAAUCAGAAAAGUCUUCCGAAGAAAAUGAUGAUAUUGCAGAUGCUCCCGCCCUCAAUCUUGGGGCGCCAGCCCUGUCUAGCGGGAUCCCGGAACAAGAAGAGGAUGACGAUGGUGAUUCGUGGAGCAGCAGAAAGCCCCAUCUUCGUGAUAGGCGGGAGUCGUGUGACGAGGAAUUUUCGGGUUAUUUGUUAGCGGUGGCUGCAAGGGAGGCACACAGGCAACGUGAGCUAGAAUCGGCCAUGGCAGCGUUCCCCAAUGGUGUACGACCCGAAGGUGUGGAGCAUUUUCUCGUGAGAGAUAAUUCGGAAGAUGACGAUCCUUUGGACGAACGAUUAAGACAUGGCACUUCGCAGCUUUUGCGACGCAAGGAAUCCGACCCGGGCUGGGCCGUUAAAGAAAUGCGAGCGCAUGCUGAAAAGCUAGCUCACAAUAGGCAAGAGAGGAUGAGUAUCGACGAAGGCUCGGACCAUAUGGACUUAGCCCCUCCGCCUGCGGAUCCACUAUGGACUACAUCUGCAUUCCGAACUUCAUAUGAUGAAAGUAUGAAGGAUACUACAAGUCCAGUACUGAGUGCAUCUUCACCAGCCUUGUUGGCUAGAGUAGACUCUCAUCCUCAUCUACCUUCGCCGCAUCACGCACCGGAGACUGGCCUCCGUGCUAGCCCAUUCGGCAUCCCCUUUGCUUUCCGUGCAAACGAGCCGGAAGACCCUCAGAUGCGGAGGAUGCGUAUGGCCGCUUCCCCGCCCAUGCUCGGCGGUGAUCUCGAGUUCCGUAUAUGUCCCAGCCCGAAGCAAACGCGCAUGGAGCCAACCCAGCGAUAUUGUGUUCUCGAUAAGCCCGAGGAGCAACAACGGGACGUUACCGGCAGUACAGGACUCUGGCGUGGGUAUUGUUCCGCCAAAACCAACAACAUAGAAACCCCUCACCCGGGGCCGAAUCUCCUUAUGACUCCCCAGGACACACCUCAGGACCCGUUUGCGGCCGCAUUUGGCGAUUCUGUGAGCAUUAGUGGUGUCAUGACUGGUACGCAAUCUCCUGGAGCGACAUCUCCAUCACAUCGCAACAGCAGGGGCCAAUAUAUACUCUCGGGGCUUGACGAACGACUUAAGAAAGAAAAGGCGCGUAAGGAGCUCGAGGAGAUCAUCGCCGCCGAGUUUGACGAUGAAUUUGUUACGCAAGUCUACAAUUAUAUUAGUCUCGGAUAUCCCGCUACCGCGCGUGCCUUUGAUCUUGAGUUAAGCAAGAUUAGCGGGAUCGACAUCCAUGAACUACGUAAGGAUGACAAUCUCAAGGUUGAGAAAGGCUUUAUGCUGCAAAUGGAAAUGAGCGUUUCUAAAGGAAGUUCCGCGAUAGAUUCGGAUAGUGGCGAGGAGACGCCAUUGCGCACACCCGAGGAGGAUGAAAGGAUAACACGAGUUUCACGCAGAAAACCGAAACCGCCUCGUUGGAUCGCGCUCAAGCUCUACAUACGGGAAUGGGCACGCCAACAUCCGAGUCUUAACGACGCUGGGACUGGCGAGAUGGCCUGGGGUGUUCGAGCUAGGAGAGGUAGUUGGGCUAUUUGAAGGACAAAGCAAUAACGUAUAGAUUCCAGUUGUUGCAUAUCGGGAGCGUUCGUCACGUCUCAUUGUUCAAGAAGACCUAGAUAAAGCAGGAAAAGCAUCAAAUGAGCACAGCAGAAGACCUCCGAACUUGCAAUGGAUAGGGGAUAGUGCCUAUUCGGAGGGUAGAAUUGUAUGAUUUACUUAUGAUACAGCGGUUGGGUAUCUAAAUAGCUUUGCGGGUUGAUUGGGUCUACGAAGUCAUUGGAAUGGCGUUACUGGAUACAUUUUCACGAGAAAGAGAGAUGAUAUGAAAGAUAAAUAUACAGAUGCUGUCUAGUAGUAAAAUAGCUUUUAUUUACCUAGGUAUUUAUUAGAAAAGCUAUAU